AUGGGGCUUAAAAUGUACCGUCAUGUUAGUUUUCUCAUCUCUUUCCCACAGUAUGUUUUACUUUUUGUUCCUCUAUUUAUAUGUCAUUCCCUCUGUAAUUUCACACUGGUGCAAACGCUGGAUAAAUCUGGCACACCAUUUUCAAUAUUAACACAGUACCAAAUUACAACAAACACAGUUGAGAUCGUUCUCAUUCAGAUGUUUUGCUGUUGCUGGCACAUCUUUUUCUCAAAGACCUUGAGUGAUCUUGAGGACCUUGUGCACCUUGGCAACCGUCUCUGUCACUUAAUGAUCAGUUCUGUUAUUGUUAUUCCACACCCUCCUCUCUCUCUCACACACUGUGAUGCACACCAAUUGAUAUGCAAGGGAAGUUACCCUCUGAUAUCGGACAGUGUGUUUAUGGCAGAGCCAAAAUAUUAUCCCUUUGCAUUGAACCUCAGGUUCAUUGACACAUCAUCCUUCUUCUCUCUCACUGACUUAUCUAAACUAGCUCAAAACCAGACUUAACCUUCCAGCUUAGCCAUUGAUAGUCACAACAAUAGCUCAUGUCGGCAUCAAGCUUAUCAUGACCGUGCAUGUAGCUUUUAUAAAGCCUUUAUGCAUCCCUCAAGUAUACAGUGCCUAUCAUAAGUAUUCACCCCCUUGGAUUUUUUCACAUUUUGUUGAGUUACAAAGUGGGAUUGAAAUAGAUGCAGUCAAAUGACCAAAGUGCCCUCUAGAGGCCUCAUGGGUGGAAUAUUAUUAAUAUUAUUCAUAAUUUCAUAAUUAAUAAACAUUCAUUUUUUUUAACGCAGAAAAUCCAGUGUUUUUAUGUCAAAUGGUUUUGUUAUAUUUCAGUCUUCUGUGAUGUACAGUUGAAGUCGGAAGUUUACAUACACUUAGGUCGGAGUCAUUAAAACUCGUUUAUCAACCACUCCACAAAUGUAUUGUUAACAAACUAUAGUUUUGGCAAGUCGGUUAGGACAUCUACUUUGUGCAUGACACAAGUAUAUUUUUCCAACAAUUGUUUACAGACAGAUUAUUUCACUUAUAAUUCACUGUAUCACAAUUCUAGUGGGUCAGAAGUUUACAUACACUAAGUUGACUGUGCCUUUAAACAGCUUGGUAAAUUCCAGAAAAUUAUGUCAUGGCUUUAGAAGCUUCUGGUAGGCUAAUUGACAUCAUUUGAGUCAAUUGGAGGUGUACCUGUGGAUGUAUUUCAAGGCAUACCUUCAAACUCAGUGCCUCUUUGCUUGACAUCAUGGGAAAAUCAAAAGAAAUCAGCCAAGACCUCAGAAAAUUUUUUUUAGACCUCCACAAGUCUGGUUCAUCCUUGGGAGCAAUUUGCAAACGCCUGAAGGUACCACGUUCAUAUGUACAAACAAUAGUAUGCAAGUAUAAACACCAUGGGACCACGCAGCCGUCAUACCGCUCAGGAAGGACACGUGUUCUGUCUCCUAGAGAUGAACAUACAAGUGCAAAUCAAUUCCAGAACAACAGCAAAGGACCUUGUGAAGAUGCUGGAGGAAACAGGUACAAAAUUAUCUAUAUCCACAGUAAAACGAGUCCUAUAUCGACAUAACUUGAAAGGCCGCUCAGCAAGGAAGAAGCCACUGCUCCAAAACCGCCAUAAAAAAGCCAGACUACGGUUUGCAACUGCACAUGGGGACAAAGAUCGUACUUUUUGGAGAAAUAUCCUCUGGUCUAAUGAAACAAAAAUAUAACUGUUUGACCAUGAUGACCAUCGUUAUGUUUGGAGGAAAAAGGUGGUUGCUUGCAAGCCGGAGAACACCAUCCCAACCGUGAAGCACGGGGGUGGCAGCAUCAUGCUGUGGGGGUGCUUUGCUGCAGGAGGGAGGAAAAUGAUGUGGAUAUAUUGAAGCAACAUCUCAAGACAUCAGUCAGGAAGUUAAAGCUUGGUCGCAAAUGGGUCUUCCAAAUGGACAAUGACCCCAAGCAUACUUCCAAAGUUGUGGCAAAAUGGCUUAAGGACAACAAAGUCAAGGUAUUGGAGUGGCCAUCACAAAGCCCUGACCUCAAUCCUAUAGAAAAUGUGUGGGCAGAACUGAAAAGGCGUGUGCGAGCAAGAAGGUCCUACAAACCUGACUCAGUUACACCAGCUCUGUCAGGAGGAAUGGGACAAAAUUCACCAAACUUAUUGUGGGAAGCUUGUGGAAGGCUACCCGAAACGUUUGACCCAAGUUAAACAAUUUAAAGGCAAUGCUACCAAAUACUAAUUGAGUGUAUGUAAACUUCUGAACCACUGGGAAUGUGAUGAAAUAAAUACAAGCUGAAAUAAAUCAUUCUCUCUACUAUUAUUCUGACAUUUCACAUUCUUAAAAUAAAGUGGUGAUCCUAACUGACCUAAAACAGGGAAUUUUUACUAGGAUUAAAUGUCAUGAAAAUGUUGUGAAAAACUGAGUUUAAAUGUAUUUGGCUAAGGUGUAUGUAAACUUCCGACUUCAACUGUAUAUAAAGUGUAAUAUUGGGACGCAAACUCAAAAUGUAAUACAUUAAUAUAUUUGACAUGGUACAGAUGUCUUAUUUUUUUAUGCGCAUAACCCUGUGUGUGAGGUGUAUACUUUUAUUUCAAAGUAGAUUUGUUUAAGACUACCAAUAAACACUCUGUGUGACUCAGAUUUAGCCCACUGCAGUAAUCUACUGAUCUACACAAAAUUCUCCAUAAUGUCAAAGUGAAAAGAAAAUGUAAUAAAUAAUAAGUUAUAAUAAGUUGUGUGAUCUCACUCUGUGUGCUAUAAUAGGGAUUAACAUGAUUUUUAAAUUACUACCCCAUCUCUGAACCCCCCACACACAAUUAUCAGUAAGGUCUCUCAGUCGAGUAGUGAAUUUCAUGCACAGAUUCAACCACAAAGACCAGGGAGCUUUUCCAAUGACUCGCAAAGAAAGGCACCGAUUGGUUGGUGAAAAAAAUAUUAAAAGCAGACACUGAAAUAUAAGUUAUUAAUUAGGGUGUAUCAAUACACCCAGUCACUACAAAGUUACAGGUGUCCUUCCUAACUGAGCUGCCGGAGAGGAAGGAAAGGAUUCAACCAUGAGGCCAAUGGUGAUUUUAAACCGUUAUGGAGUGUAAUGUCUUUGAUAGGAGAAAACCGAAGAUGGAUCAAGAACAUUGUAGUUCCUCCACAAUACUAACCUAAAUGACAGAGUGAAAAGAAGGAAACCUGUACAGAAUACAAAUAUUCCAAAACAUGCAUCCUGUUUGAAACAAGACAUUAAAGUAAUACUGCAAAACAUUUGGCAAAGGAAUUAACUUUUUGUCCUGAAUACAAAGUGUUAUGUUUGGGGCAAAUUCAACAUUACACGUCACUGAGUACCACUCUACAUAUUUUCAAGCAUGGUGGUGGCUGCAUCAUGUUAUGGGUAGUUGUUUACCAGAAAUACAGUGAAUGUUCCUGAGUGGCCUGGUUACAGUUUUGACUUAAAUCUGCUUGAAAAUCUAUGGAAAGACUUGAAAUUGGCUGUCAACAACCAACUUGACCAAGCUUGAAGAAUUCUGAAACUAAUAAUGGACAAAUAUAGCACAAUCCAGUUGUGCAAAGCUCUUAGAGAUUUACCCCAAAAGACUUACAGUUGUAAUUGCUGCCAAAGGUGUUUCUAACAUGUAUUGACUCAGGGGGGUGAAUACUUACAGUAUCUAAUCAAGAUAUAUUCAUGUUGUAUUUUGUAUUAAUUUUAAAAAAUGUUUUAGAAUUUUUCUUCCACUUCGACAUAGUAUUUUGUGCGGCUCAUUGACAAAAAAUUGCAAUCAAAUACAUUUUAAUCUCACUUUGUGACAAUUCAAAUGUGAAGAAAUCCAAGAGGGGUGAAUACUUAUGAUAGGCACUGUAAGUGUAAACCUAGAGAACAACAGAGUAAACGGGUGAAAUGGGCAAGAGUUCAAAGUGAAGUUAGAUUGACGUUUGGGGUGCUGACGCAGGGGUAUAGAGAAAGGGGAGAGUUUGAGGACUGGACGGAUGGGGUGACAGGAGUGACCGUGGGGCAGGUGAUGGAGGUAGAGGACUGUAGAUGCUCAGCCUCUCCAAGGAGCAGAGGGGCCAAAUGGAGCGAGCAUGAGAGUCGCCUGUUGCUGCGCUUAAUAAGAACUGACGUUACACAACAUCAUCCACCUCAGCAGUAUGUGGCCUUAUUGCAGAGUCUGUGGUUGUGGCAAGUUAUUUUUAAAAAGAAGGUCCCGUGUAGCUCAGUUGGUAGAGCAUGGCGCUUGCAACGCCAGGGUUGUGGGUUCGAUUCCCACGGGGGACUAGUAUGAAAAAAUGUAUGCACUCACUAACUGUAAGUCGCUCUGGAUAAGAGCGUCUGCUAAAUGACUAAAAUGUAAAAUGUAAGGUGUGCACUGUGUGGGAGACUGCAGUGCAACACAGACUGACAGCAGAGACUCCGUCUGAAUAAUUGGUAACACAUACACACUUAGUCAUACUUUAAGUCAGUGGUUCCCAACCCUUUUCUGUUACUGUACCACCAACUGAAUUUUGCUCCUCCCGGAGUACUCCUGAAGUACCCCCUCGUGCAUUUUACCAGUAGGUCAAUGGUCUCAUGAGUCUUCUCACUUACCCCCUGUGGAUAGGCCAAGUACCCCCAGGAGUCUUAGUACCCCUGGUCAGGAACCACUGCUCUAAGUCAUACACUCAUGCAUGUAGUCAGUCACACACUUAGCUACACACACAGACAACCCAACCAGACACCCACUCAAACCCACAGACAAAGGACGUUUACCCACGUGUGUUCUGGCUCUGGCCCACACACAGUGCCACACACAAAUAGGCACACAGUAAACCAUCCAAGAACAGAGCCAAUCCCUCCCACAAACAAAAUACACCAUGUACUUUCCUUUUGUGUGCUUAACCAUCCCAACCCUUCUUCCUCUUCCACCCCCCUAGGAUUACACCAUCACCAUGUACUUCCAGCAGUCCUGGAGGGACAAGCGCUUGUCCUACACAGGGAUUCCCCUCAACCUGACGCUGGACAACAGGGUGGCAGACUCGCUCUGGGUCCCUGACACCUACUUCAUCAAUGAUAAGAAGUCCUUUGUGCACGGGGUCACAGUGAAGAACAGAAUGAUCCGACUGCAUCCUGACGGAACUGUACUCUACGGCCUCAGGUGAGUGUGUGCGUAUCAGUGUUAUGUGUUCAUGGGCUCCUGUGAUGUCAGCGUGGUCCUCUGUAGCUCAGUUGGUAGAGCAUGGCUCUUGCAACACCAGGAUAGUGGGUUUGAUUCCCGGGACCUCCCAUACGUAAAAUAUGUAUACACGCAUAACUGUAAGUCACUUUGGGUAAGUGCCUGCUAAAUGGCAUAUAUUAUUGUUUGUGUGUGCGCGUGCACUGGUUGAAUUGGGGGGUGUGCCAGGGGGGUUAAUUUACUAGCCUAAACAAUAUAUACUGACAAAAGCACAUACCACAGUAGGUCCUGGAGGGUGUGAGAAGGUCAGUUCUGGUGACUAUGUAAAAGGACAUUCUACUCCAAAAUAGAAAGAUGCUGACAUCUCAAAUAUAAUUUCCCUCUCCAGAAAUGAGCUCAAUAACAUAUUGGUCCAUAUUAUCAGGCAGGUGUGCUAUUUAUCACCUGAUGUACUCCACCUGAUGCAGUAUGGUGGCUAUAAAGAAAUAGGCUGAGGGUUGCCCAUCUGCAUUCACCCCAUUGGGCCCAAAUAUUAGCUAGAACACAAACACUAGUUAGCAACAUAUUGAUGACUUGAAUGUCAUAAAAACGUUCCACUGGCACUCAGCCAACUAAGGAUCAUGUACUGGGAAUGUAUGCCUACCUGUUACACCUGAUCGUGUCUAUGCAUUCAACGCCAUUGGCGAGGACUAACGCGCAUAAACCAUGCCGCUGCUAAAAACUCAGGGUCUCAAAUGGUGCAUUUUACUAAUUUAUUGGAUUUAAGAAAUAAGUGUAGCCUAGUAACACUAGAAAGCUCUGUGAUCCUUCUCUUUUAACAGUGGGCAUCAAAACUGCUUUCAAAGGUGUGUUUUCCUGAGACUGCAUUAAGAAUGUUGUACAAUGACUGGGCAUGCAUAUUUCUCUCCGUGUGGCUCUCUCAAUUUGAAUGUGCCUCGAGAGGAAUAUAAUUUUCUUGCAUAGAAUGCGACAGGCUGAACUGUAAACUAUUCUACUAUGGGUUUGUCUGAUUUAGCUGUUGCUUACUCGUGUUGUUGGCUGUGGAAAGUUAAAUGUGGACAACAAUUUUUCAUUAGAUAAUUCCAAUAACCAAAGGUACUGGGUUUCAGCUCCGCCUGGCUCUCAUUUGGAUCAUACUGUAGGAGGAUCCGGUCCAAUUUAACUCGUGUGUGUGUGUGUGUGUGUGUGUGUGUGUGUGUGUGUGUGUGUGUGUGUGUGUGUGUGUGUGUGUGUGUGUGUGUGUGUGUGUGUGGUGUGUGUGUGUGUGUGUGUGUGUGUGUGUGUGUGUGUGUGUGUGUGUGUGUGUGUGUGUGUGUGUGUGUGUGUGUGUGUGUGUGUGUGUGUGUGUGUGUGUAUGCUUGUGUGCAUGCGUGUCUAUGUCUUAGUGUUUGUGUGAGCUUAUGAGUGAGAAUGAGAGCCGCCCUCCAUUUUCUGCAGACUGGUGGUUGGUUGAAAGAGCAUGCAACCAUAGCUCCUGCACAUCAUCUUUUGGUGUGUGUGUGCUUCAACUGUACUGGAAAAACUGCACAUAGGCAAGGAAAGCCCUCUCAAACAACCACCAUUGCUCUUUCUCCUCUGCCUCUGGAGAGUGAGAGGAAGACCCAGGUGGUGAAUCAUUUAUGGAGCCGUACUCCCCUGCAGUCCGGAGCACGGCAACAGCGUAGCCUCGUAGGCUACAUGCUCCUUGCCUGGCUACCCAGGCUCCCGCCAAACGCUAGGCCACACCCACUCAUGUUCAUUUCUUCUCCGCAAUGAGUCUGGAUCUGAGCACCUCCCUGACGAUUUCUAGAAUGGAAAUCUAUUCUAGACGUCUGAUUGGUACCAGAAACCGAUGGGUUGGGCCAGAGCCAGAACACGUGGGUAAAACGUUGUUUGAAAAUUGGCUUCGAUACUCUGAUUGGUUAGAGAUGAUCCAAUCGCUGAUUACUUUUUUCAUACAUUUUGACGUCACCACAAACGACUUCAAUGAUGGCAGCGGAGGAAUUCAGUUUGAGUCGUCAGGCAAACAUGCUCCCCUCCUCGCCUCUGCAGUGCUGAGCCGCGCCGAGCUAACGAAGGGAACUGAAGGGCAGCCACUGUCAAUAAUGCAGUGGAGAUCAGAGGGAUUCAGCGCUUUGGUGGGGGGGAAUGAUGACUUGACAGUUUUUCUAGUUAGAUAUCCUUUUUUUGAGCUACGAGGCAGAUCUCUAGGGUUUGUAGGGAAGAUCCAAUACAAGUUUAUUACUUCAGUCGGGUGGCAUAUUUUGUAACCAUGCCCGUGGAUGUGGAUUUUGUCAAUAGUGCUCUUUUGAAUGGGUUUGUUCUAGCCAAAAAGUAUAGUUUGUCUGGGAAGGCAUUAUUUGUGUUGUUUCGUUUUCGUUAACCAGCAGUUGCCGGGACCAUCAUCGUCGAAUUAAAGAAAAUCCUGCUCUAGCCAAUCACUGACAUAAAUUUAUCAAUUAAGUGUGAGGGAGCAAAGGAAACCCAGCGGACACUGAGGCCCUCAAGGACAAGAGUUAGUCACCCCAUGCUGUAGCUCAUUAACUGGCUGAGUUAAAGGCUAGCUGGUAGUUCUGGGAGAUAACAUCUGUCUUGAAGAUUCAGGCAAGAUGACAACACCACAGUUAAACCCAGUAAUCUGACUCAGAUACAUCUCCCCUUUAACCUUUUCAACUCCUCCAGAGUGACCUCAGCUGCUGACAAGACACUCUGUGUGUGAUCUGAGUCACAGAACCAAUGUGACCGUUGACUGGAAUCAAACCUGUGUUGACAGCAAGACACGCCCAUCACAAAGAGGACAUUGUUAUGUCUCUGAUCUAGCCAUUAGCUCUGAAAGCUAACAUAUGGCGCUAACAUCUGUCUUCAGGUCUCGGGCUAGAUUACAUCAUGGUGGAAGCUAACAACAACCAGGCAAUCAAUCCCAUUAGCUACAUUAGCAUGAGUUGUGAUUGAGCUCAAUGUCUAGAUUAAAGGCAGUUUGUGUGGUUCAUAUCGUUGUGAAGACGCUGCAGUGUUUUAUACACAUCUAUGUGGCUUGUUAGGUUAAUUAGGGCUGAGACGGAGUCGAGCGUGUGGCUAACCUGGUGUGGUGCUGGGGUGGAAGGUCUUAGAUGUGUGAUUUGAUUAAGUAUUGGUUUAGGCUACAUAAAUCAUAUUGUCUGUGGCCAUUAUAAAUCUGAGGGGUUAUUUUUGGUGCAUAGGAGUAGUGUCUGUAGUAUCAUUUGGUGGAAUCCACUGGGCGCAGACGUCAUUUCAAUGUCUAGUUUUGAUUUACAUUUGGUUGAGUUGUCAACUAACAUGAUUUCAACGUGAAAUCAAAAUGUCACCAUGUUAUUGGAUUUAGGUUAAAAGUUGGGUGAAAAAAAUACAAAAUUCUCUUACAUUGAUGACUUUUUGCAAAUCCAAUCAGUUUUCCAUGUUGAUUUAACUUCAUCACAUUGAAUGUUUUUGUUGAAAUUGUGUGGAAACAACGUUGAUUCAAUCAAUUUUUGCCCAGUGGAAAGGCAAAUGUAUCACCAUUUUGUUGUUUUGGUUGACGCCAAAGGAUUUGGUUUUGUGUACCAGGUGGCUGAACAGCAUGCUCCUUAUUGGCAUGAACACGUGUGCCAAUAAAGACAUGAUUAUCAUGGUAACAUUUAGGGCCGGAUUGAAACCUGCCAUAGCAAUGUUUAUGCAACCGCUUUGUUUACACAUUGAAUUUACCCCAUGAAUUGACUGAAUUGAAAUUCAACACACACCAACCCUGUCUAUAGGCCAACACUCAACUCACCUUCAGCUUUUCUUAGUCCUUUGAAGGGCAUAUUUAAAGGUAGACUCAGCAACAUGACAUCAUCAUUCACAGCAGGACAGAUUGCCAUGGCUCUUGCCAGUGUGGGCAUGCCCACAUACUAGCAGCCUUGGCCGAUUUGGAUUCUGUUGUUGUUGACGUCUGUAAGCAGGAAGUAGCCCUGCUGUGUAUGAUGGCGUCUUAUUGCUGAGUGUACCUUUAACAAAUCAUUUGAAUUGACAUUUCAAGCUAGCCUACUGUAGAAAACCACAUUAAUAUAUUAAAAUAUAUAUAAUAAAUAUAAUUAUAUUAUUAGCUUGGUUUGAGUUGAGUUGUCUGCCUGUUGGGUGAGCAGCAGUCGCCUGGGUGCUGGCUGGCACGGGCCUGUGGAGAGAUUCAUUAGCAAUAGCCAUGCCUCUCAGUAGGGUCAGGUGAGUCACUCUGCUGGUGCUGGCAGCUCCAGUCUGCCCCAACCAUACGCUGCUCUCCCCAGGAGCACUACCAUGAAAACCUGCUCCGCUCGCCUCUCAUCUCAUCUCCAGUCCCCAUCUCUUGUCUCUUUAAAGGUAAAUGAUGCCCAGUGCAUCCAGUUAUCCAGUGGUACUGUACUGUAGUAUACAUCCCUUGUUGGUACCAGUUUAGAGUUACAGGAACUGAUGAUGUUUCAGUUCUCCCCAUGUCCCUGACCACUGGUGCAAUACUUUUGUUUGUUAACAAUAAACAAUAUAUCUUUGGUAUGGCUAUGUCAUUUCCUAAGGCACUUUAUACAUAAAUAUCCUAAGCCAUGACUGUCAUUUUCUUUGACGCGUAGUCAUGUAAUGCUAGGAUGAACCAUGACUACGUCAUCUUUAUGAUACUCAGUCAAGCAUUAUUAAUUGACUAACAUACUGAACCACGGCUGUUCUUAAGCACUGUCAUUCUUCAUUGCACUAACAGACAGUUACAAUGCACCAUAAGCAUGUAAUUCAUGUGGCUAUCUGUCAGUGUCAGUGUCUCCCCUGCUCUGAUGUCUCCCUCUGAUGUCUGGGCCCAUUGUGAGUGAGUGCCUGUCUGUGUAUAAUCUGAAUACCACUCUGCCAUUCAGUCUUCCUCUCUUCUUCUCUCCCUGCCUCCCUCACGAGAGCACCCAGAAAUAACUUGCAUGUCAUUGUGACAACUUUUCACUUUCAUCUGCUUCACUCCUCACACACAAUUCUCACAGUUUCACGUCGAGCAGGGAGACGUCUUCACACUCGAAUGCUGCACAAUUAUUAUUCCCUGCAGACCACACAAUUAUUCAGCCAGUGUGCUUCUGCCUGCUGCCUACAGUGAGCCGGCUAUAUUUAGGCUGCCUGGAAUGACCUCACCAGUUACUGUAGUGUACACGUCAGCUGCUACGCUACCUUCACGUUUUUAAUGUAUCCAUCAAUACACAUAUGGCCAGUCUGAAUGGUCACUGCACACGCUAUCAAACAGUAGGCCUAUUAGUUAUGCUCAAUGAAGAUUGAUUGAAUAUGGCAACAUGUUUUUAAUUCAACCUUUAAUCAAAUCUAGCAUAACGUUCAUUGCGGUAAUUACUAAUUUUUAGGCAGCACUGCCACCUCUACCCCCGGUGCUUCAGCAUGUGAAGGAAAAGAGAGUGUAUGUGUGAUUAACAUUUUAUGAAGUAUAGCAGUAAUAACAAAAAGCUUUAUUCGCAGUAAAAUUUUACAGAUUAUUUAACAGAACAACUUCUCUCUAGCUAGCACCCUUUUCCUGUUUGUUGUAUUAUUAAAACAAGACAAUAGAGUUGAGCAUGUUUUACCUUCAUCUUCCCCUGGAAAACACUAUCAAUCGUUACUGAGUGGAAUAUCCUGGCUAAAUGAAAUGAAAAUCUUAUAACCACUAUACUAGUAUAACUGCAGACAUUUUCAGAGCAUCACUUCUCCAAUAUCAGUCACCCCAGUAGAUAGGAUUCCUCUCACAUUAACAAUGCAUUACUCUCACCAACUGCAUUAGCCAUUUCAGAAAACACAAACCAAUACUAAUGCUGCAGUCAGUCACACCCGUAACAUCUAUCACGUAACGUGACGCUCAUUACCAUCACGGAUGCAAAGCCCACCUCUUUCCCUGAUAUGUGUUUGAUCUGCAUUGAUCUGAUGGGGAGGGGAUGUUACACACUGGGGUAAUAGAUUGGGAGUGGGAAUAGUGUAGUAUGGUACACCCUUACUGACACCCCUACGGUAUAGAGGAGCUGAUGCUCUAUUUUUACCCCAUCUCUGCAGAUGCUUUAUAAUUCAUCCAGACCACCCUAAUGCAUUUGGUGUGUUUAAGACAUGGUCGACAGCCAAAUAAUAUUCAGCUGCAGUGUAUGAAAAUUGAUGAAUAUUCAUGCCCAGGGCUUUUCAGUUCUCAACAUCGUUGCGGCUGCAAUUGACAGAUAUUGGUCUCACUGGACACUCGCUAUCACUCAGUGAGGAGAAUGGCUAUGGGCCAGUGAGAGUCAUUUUUACAAGGCAGGGCUCUUGGAUUGGACGAAGACCAAGACUAAUGCACAGCAGACCGCCACUGGACUUUUAGAAUGCCCUUUACCUGCAUGGUUGUAAUGCCACAUUCCAAAUCGAUCCCUAGCCCCUUGGGACUACAUCUGGAUCUGAAAGUAUAGGAUUGGUAUACUAAACAGUAUUGUUAUACAGUUGAAGUCGGAAGUUUACAUACACCUUAGCCAAAUACAUUUAAACUCAGUUUUUCACAAUUCCUGACAUUUAAUCCUAGUAAAUAUUCCCUGUCUUAGGUCAGUCAGGAUCACCACUUUAUUUUAAGAAUGUGAAAUGUCAGAAUAAUAGUAGAGAGAAUGAUUUAUUUCAGCUUUUAUUUCUUUCAUCACAUUCCCAGUGGGUUUAAAGUUUACAUACACUCAAUUAGUAUUUGAUAGCAUUGCCUUUCAAUUGUUUAACUUGGGUCAAACGUUUCGGGUAGCCUUCCACAAGCUUCCCACAAUACGUUGGGUGAAUUUUGGCCCAUUCCUCCUGACAGAGCUGGUGUAACUGAGUCAGGUUUGUAGGCCUCCUUGCUCGCACACACCUUUUCAGUUCUGCCCACAAAUGUUCUAUAGGAUUGAGGUCAGGGCUUUGUGAUGUGAUGGCCACUCCAAUACCUUGACUUUGUUGUCCUUAAGCCAUUUUGCCACAACUUUGGAAGUAUGCUUGGGGUCAUUGUCCAUUUGGAAGACCCAUUUGCGACCAAGCAUUAACUUCCUGACUGAUAUCUUGAGAUGUUGCUUCAAUAUAUCCACAUAAUUUUCCUUCCUCAUGAUACCAUCUAUUUUGUGAAGUGCACCAGUCCCUCCUGCAGCAAAGCACCCCCACAGCAUGAUGCUGCCACCCCCGUGCUUCACGGUUGGGAUGGUGUUCUUCGGCUUGCAAGUACCCCCUUUUUUCUCCAAACAUAACGAUGGUCAUUAUGGGCAAACAGUUCUAUUUUUGUUUCAUCAGACCAGAGGACAUUUCUCCAAAAAGUACAAUCUUUGUCCCCAUGUGCAGUUGCAAACCGUAGUCUGGCUUUUUUAUGGCGGUUUUGGAGCAGUGGCUUCUUCCUUGCUGAGCGGCCUUUCAGGUUAUGUCGAUAUAGAACUUGUUUUACUGUGGAUAUAGAUACUUUUUUACCUGUUUCCUCCAGCAUUUUCACAAGGUCCUUUGCUGUUGUCCUGGGAUUGAUUUGCACUUUUCGCACCAAAGUACGUUCAUCUCUAGGAGACAGAAUGCGUCUCCUUCCUGAGCGGUAUGACGGCUGCGCGGUCCCAUGGUGUUUAUAUUUGCGUACUGUUGUAUGUACAGGUGAACGUGGUACCUUCAGGCGUUUGGAAAUUGCUCCCAAGGAUGAACCAGACUUGUGGAGGUCUACCAUUUUUUUUCCUGAGGUCUUGGCUGAUUUCCUUUGAUUUUCCCAUGAUGUCAAGCAAAGAGGCACUGAGUUUGAAGGUAGGCCUUGAAAUACAUCCACAGGUACACCUCCAAUUGACUCAAAUGAUGUCAAUUAGCCUAUCAGAAUCUUCUAAAGCCAUGACAUAAUUUUCUGGAAUUUUCCAAGCUGUUUAAAGGCACAGUCAACUUAGUGUAUGUAAACUUCUGACCCACUGGAAUUGUGAUACAGUGAAUUAUAAGUGAAAUAAUCUGUCUGUAAACAAUUGUUGGAAAAAUUAUUUGUGUCAUGCACUAAGUAGAUGUCCUAACCGACUUGCCAAAACUAUAGUUUGUUAACAAGACAUUUGUGGAGUGGUUGAAAAACGAGUUUUAAUGACUCCAACCUAAGUGUAUGUAAACUUCCGACUUCAACUGUAGAUCAGCCUUGACCUCUGAUAGGCAAUAUUAGAGAUAACUAGCCAAUGCUUUCAGAUCAACAUACUGUAGGUGCAUAGGUAGUAGGGGCUUUGGGAUGGCUUUCAAAUUUAACAUGUACUACUAUGCUUUUUAGGUUUUGGCGAUGGGUUCGUCACCCAAAACAAAGGAGUGGCAGCUUGAGUGAGUUUUAGGUGCUCAGCGAUGCAUGACAUUUUGCGACAGGAGAAGCUGGACAAAAUGGGGAAACUGCAGAGGAUCCCUGGAAAUGUCUCAAACAGCUAGAGGGCUCAGGUUGGGUUAGGUGAAUUCAUUGCUGGCUAUGACUCACAUCCUGGCAGUCUCACUGCCUGUGUGUGUGUGUGUGUGUUUGUGUGUGUGUGUGUGUGUGUGUGUGUGUGUGUGUAAGAGAGAGUCGGUACGCUCUUUUCUUGUCUCACGUCUCCUCUCAUUUGACACAGGGAUUAUGCAGUGGAAAAGGUACACAUACACUUUACAGUAAUGGUUCCCUGUUCACAAUGAUAAACCAAUGUGCAAACAUGUAAGAUGUACAUAUGAUGUAUAAACACUUAUUCUCUGAACAUCUUAUGUAAUUUAUGCGACAUCUUUUUGAGUGAGGACCCAUUACACCUUUUUGUUUGUCUGAAUUUGCGGGUUUUACGCACCAGCGAAGCUUCUGGGAGAGCGCGAUGAUUCCCUUUUGAUUAGCUAUGAACAGUGACUCCACCACACUAUGCUUUAAAUGUAAUCCUUUACUCAGCAUAAGCGGUUUACAUUAAAAUCAAUAUUAAAUCGACAUCCUAUUCUUAUCGUAUAUGGUUCGUGAGCAGUGAGAACACAACAAUGGAUGUGACUCUGACCCCUUCCCUUCCAAGGACCAGCCAACCCCUCGGCAAGCAGCCUGUAAUAACAUGGCUGCAUGUGGCCAUAACCUUGACCCUUUUCUGUCAGAGACCAAAUGAACGCAAUGAAUACAUAAGCACAGCAAUCUCACUGUUUGGGAACAUUUUGAGUUUAAUCAAUACUAAAAGAAUGAAAGCAGUGUAGCACAAAUUCAAUCUGAAAUCGUCAAAUUGAAGUGUGCUCCUUCAAAUGAGACCUCAAAGCGAAGAAGUCACGGAUUUUAAAGUCCACCGAUUGCCGGGAUUUUUUGGGUGUUAAUUCUUAAUUAAUCAGAGUGCUAAUUAAGAUGGAACAUGGAGCAUUUCAAAGAGGGAGGGCACAGUCAUGACUUAAGCAGUAUGAAGGCAAUUAUGGGUGAGAAACGGAGAGUUCAAUUUCCAGUGAAACCAUGGAGGGAUUUGUGCAAUAGAACUCUGAGUAUGUACUGUGUGUGCUUCCUGAGUCAAUAUGUGUGAGAAGGAUGCGUUUUUCAUUUCUCUCUGUUAUUAGGUCAACCUUUUUCACUGUGCACCUGGAAGUGUUUAUAUAAAAUGUUAUGAAAUGUAACACACACCCCAAAAAACUACAUUUUAAGUGUUCCUGGCCAUACUGUACUCUUUGUAUAUGAUAUACAGUAUGUGUGUUCACACAGAUUUUAUACUGUAUGCUCUGCACUUGUAAGGACAUACAUCAUGGUAAGGGUUAGUGAGACAUUAGUCCUAUGGGGUAUGGGGGUAUAUUUUAAAUGUCUGCGCUAGAUACAAGAACAUUAUAGAAUGUCUACCAUCCCCCACCCCCUCUCUCUCUCUCUCUUUACCCCCCCCCCUCCCCUCUCAGGAUCACCACUACGGCAGCUUGCAUGAUGGACUUGCGUAGAUACCCUCUGGACGAGCAGAACUGCACCCUGGAGAUCGAGAGCUGUGAGUGACACUGUGUGUGUGUGUGUGUGUGUGUGUGUGUGUGUGUGUGUGUGUGUGUGUGUGUGUGUGUGUGUGUGUGUGUGUGUGUGUGUGUGACAUCACUGUAGAGACUUCUCAGCUUCAUUUGUGCCGUUUAUCACUACUGGGCAUGUUUACGAAAGCUUGUCCCUACACACAGAUCUGAGGUCUAUGUGACUCUAUGGGUGCUAUUGAAUAAACCCUAAAGGGACAUGUAGCUAGGGCCAGUUUCCCAGACCCAGAUUGAGCCUAUUCAUGUAGUAAAAGGCACUUUCAAUGGUGAUUUCCUAUUGAGCAUGCUUUUUAGUCCAGGAAUAGGCAUAAUCUGGGUCAAUGAAACUGGCCCUAGCUACAUUUUACAAUUAUAACAUUCUUUCUCUGUUUUAGUUAAUCUACACAUCUCAUGAUGACUUUCUCUCAGUCCAUUCAUUUUCACACAUUAUUCUGUUACACAGGCCUAUGUGCCUCAGGUAAGGUGAUUACUCUCUUCCAAACCGUAGCAAAAUAUCUCCCCAUCGAGGACAUAACGUACAUUAAGCAGGAAGAAAACUGCAGCACUUUACGCCAACUAAUGCAAACUGGCAUUUCUUGUUAAAUCAAACUUGGCCGGAGUGCUUCAUUUAAAUAAUAGAUGGUGCAUAGUUAACUCAAUCUGCACAGACGUGGACGCUUGGCUUUGGGUAUUUUGACAAGGUUCUGGAAAUCACUAUAACGCCUUGUGGAGCUGCUGGAUUCAUGGAUUGACUGGGUUGAUGUAUUUAAUACUUUUGGCAAGACCUUACUCAAACCCUCUAUCAUGUCAUCUGUCUUAAUUAUGACAUACAAUUAGCUAGCGUAAUAAUAAUUUUUAGCAACAAUCAAGACUGUAAGGUUACUACUCUUUGAUGCACCAACACUGCUAGCACUGAUGUGGCCAGGCCUUAAAAUGUAAGUUCUUAUCUUAAUUUCACUUUUUGUAAUUUUUUUCAUUUUAUACCCUAAUGGAAAUAUCAGGUCCAACCUUUGCACUUUGCAGUUUCUAGCUGUGGACAAUCUGGUCCAGUUUCUAGCUGUGGACAGUCUGGUCCAGUUUCUAGCUGUGGACAAUCUGGUCCAGUUUCUAGCUGUGGACAAUCUGGUCCAGUUUCUAGCUGGUCAUUCUAGCUGUGGACAACUCAGUUCUAGCUGUGGACAUCGGUCAGUUUCUAGCUGUGGACAAGUCCUUCACUUGGAAACCCGUACAUCUAGUUGCGUGGACACAUAGAAAACAUCCAGUUCUGCUGUUCUAUUCUUCGCAGUCUCAUUAAAAAAAACAAUCUCCAUAUUGGUCUACACAUUUCUUUACACAUUAUUCUCCUAUACUCUUAUGGCUUCUGGGGUGAUCUGAUAACCCAAGACCCUCUCACACAUACAUUAAAUGGGGAAUGGGAAAGAAAGACAAAACACUGAUUGAGUACAGGCAGUAAGGAGAAGCAGCUAAUUCCCUGAAAUCCUGCGGUUCCCUUUAGAUAAGCGAAGGAGUCUGAGGGGAGAAAAAGCCAACCCAGUCCAAUUAAGUUUGCCUAAUUACUGAAAGGCCAAUAACUGACUUGUUUCAUUCCUGUUCCAUCUAAUACCAGGCAAAGAAACGUGUUAGAAAAAGACUUGACCCACCGCUUCAGACAAGUAUACUCUCAAUGACACAGCAGCUUUCUGCCUGUCCAUGUUGAAUGGCGUUCCAUUCUGUCAGAUUCUCAGGUGGGUACACCGCCCGUGACAUACGGUAGGUAGCCUUCUGUCUGUCCAUUUUAGAUGAUGUAACAGUCUCUCCCUCUCACAGAUGGGUACACCACUGAUGACAUCGAGUUCUACUGGAAAGGUGAUAAUUCAGUGACUGGGGUGGAGAACAUCGAACUUCCCCAAUUCUCUAUUAUAGACUACCACAUCCAAUCCACAAAAGCAGUGUUUGCUACAGGUAACAAUCUGAUUACUAACCCUUACAAUAGUAUAUUAUUAAUUAAAGUUUCUGAUGUUCCACUUAAGAGUGUCUAACAUUAGAGAAUGUGGCAGACUGUAACUGCCACAUAAGCACCGGGUAGAAGUUCUCUCAGGCACAAAGAGGAUAAUCUUACCCCUAAAUGCUAAACUGACCUUAGUUCAGCAUCUAGGGGGAAACUUCAUCCUACUCCGACGUGAAAACUGUGUUUGGUCUCCCAGGCUCCUACCCGAGGCUCUCUCUGAGUUUUAAGCUGAAGAGGAACAUUGGCUACUUCAUCCUACAGACCUACAUGCCCUCCACCCUGAUCACCAUCCUAUCCUGGGUCUCCUUCUGGAUCAACUAUGACGCGUCUGCGGCCAGAGUCGCUUUAGGUCGGUGUCUUUGGGUUAUUCUAUGGGUUGUCCAUGUGGGGGGCUUUAGGUUAGUGUCUUUGGGUUAUUCUAUGGGUUGUCCAUGUGGGGGGCUUUAGGUUAGUGUCUUUGGGUUAUUCUAUGGGUUGUCCAUGUGGGCGGCUUUAGGUUAGUGUCUUUGGGUUAUUCUAUGGUUUGUCCAUGUGGGGGGCUUUAGGUUAGUGUCUUUGGUUUAUUCUAUGGGUUGUCCAUGUUGAGGGUUUAGGUCGGUGCCUUUGGGUUAUUCUAUGGGUUGUCCAUGUAGGGGUGGUUUAGGUCGUUGUCUUUGGGUUAUUCUAUGGGUUGUCCAUGUGGGGGGUUUAGGUCAUUGUCUUUGGUUUAUUCUAUGGGUUGUCCAUGGCGGGGGUUCAAUAAAGAAUCACGGCUGAAUAUGUCUUUAGUAGCUUUGGGUUACCAGGUGUAGGCAUGUGUUGGUCUGCCUCCCAGGCAGGCAGAAUGCACCCUUAUACACAGCAGAGCAUAGUGUGUCUCUCAACGCACAGUCCCCACGGCAGUGUAUACUUGCACACUACCCCCUUAGGUAGAUUGCACACAUGCACAUAACCCCUUAGGUAGAGUGUAUACUUACACACAUCCCUCUCGGCAGAGUGUACCCUUACACAAAGCACCCUAGGUAGCAUAGUGUAUACUUAUACACACACAGCCCCCAUAGGCAGUGUACACUUACACACCACCCCCUAGGCAGAACUUCUACUUACACACUGCCCCCUAGGCGGUAUGCAUCCAUGCGCACGGACACAGUCUGAAGAUAGAAUAACACACACAGCCCCAAAGGCACAGUUGGGGCUACCUAUUCAUCCUCCAAAGCACAGGGAUUAUUUUACCCCAUCCACCGACCCAUGGGAAUAUGGGUUUCCUUACACCCACAACAUGGAGGUCAGAGAUUAAUCCUGAAAUUCUCAGUCAUCCCCGAGUGUGCACACAAACAGCCCUCAGCAGUGUGUCCUUGUGUCCUCACUUUCAUGGUUGUCCUACCCCAGAGGCAGUUUGUACCCUUACAAAAAAACACCCCUGACUAGCUACUGACUCACUGGUGUGCAUCAGGGAUAUAACCUGAGUUUAAGGUGAGAGCUGAAAUGUACAAAAGCAAACUCAUCAGACCUUCUCUGGAACAAGCAGAGAAAUAGAGAAUCAGUAAACAACAAUUUGGGAGGCAUUAUGAGGGAGCGUUACCGUAGCUAGCGAAGAAACGGUUGCUAACUAACUAACUGUAAAAGUGUAAAUAUUUAAUGCCACAGUUAUUAAGCUAGCUAGAGCUACUGCUGCUCCUAUAUUCUUUGGCUAAAUACCAUAACGCUGCUUCCGGUCCUUGUUCCUGCUUACAAACAUUGUGGCUCCAGUUUUGUUUAGAUUUUGCUGAUUGGGACGCAUCCACUUUCACAGGCUACUGGGUUUAAAGAAAACACAUACGGCAUACACAGAUACUGCAUGUGCUUUGAAUGGUCAAAUGAAUGGUCAAAUGAAUGGUCAAAUGAAUGGUCAAAUGCCUGAAAUGUGGUCACAUUUUCCAAGUAUUUCACACUCUUCUGUCAGCUUGAAUGCCUACUGUUUAUAGUGUGCAGUCUGGCAGGCUUACUGUUAUCAAGAUGAUGGCACGCUUGGGGGUGUGCUUUAGCCAAUGACGCAAACUCAACUCCAGACGGAUAUAAAAAUGUAUGGAUAUAUGUGCAAAAAUGUAGAAUCUUGUCUACUAAGUACAGUGCUGUGAAAAAGUAUUUGCCCCCUUUCUAAUUUUCUCUACUUUUGCAUAUUUUUGAUACUGACUGUUAUCAGACCUUCAACCAAAACCUAAUAUUAGAUAAACGGAACCUGAGUGAACAAAUAACACAACAAUUACAUACUUAUGUCAUAAACAAAGUUAUGCAACACUCAAUGUCUUUGCCACCUUUACUUGCAAUGACUCCAACCAAACGCUUCCUGUAGUUGUUGAUCAGACUCUCACGUCGCUGUGGAGGAAUUCUGGCCCACUCUUCCAUGCAGAACUGCUUUAACUCAGUGACAUUUGUGGGUUUUCAAGCAUGAACCCAAACUAUCACACUACCGCCACCAUACUUGACGGUUGGUAUAAGGUUCUUACUGUGGAAUGCAGUGUUUGGUUUUCGCCAGGCAUAAUGGGACCCAUGUUGUCCAAAAAGUUAUAAUUUUGAUUCUGUCCAUAUACAUUUUUUCCAAGAGUCUUGAUGAUCAUUCAGGUGCUUCCAGGUGCUUUUUGGCAAACGUCAGUCAAUUUCUUGGGCGAGAUGGGUCCCAUUAUGUCUGGCAAAAACCAAACACUGAAUUCCACAGUAAAAACCUUAUACCAACGGUCAAGCAUGGUGUGGUAGUGUGAUAGUUUGGGGAUGCUUUGCUGCCUCAGGACCUGGACGAAAUGCCUUAAUAGAAGGAACCAUUAAUUCUGCUCUGUAUCAGAGAAUUCUACAGGAGAAUGUCAGGCCGUCCGUCUGUGAUCUGAAGCUGAAGCGCAGCUGGGUCAUGCAGCAAGACAAUGAUCCAAAACACACAAUCAAGUCUACAUGAAAAUGGUUCAAAAGCAACAAAUGUGAAGUUUUGGAAUGGCCUAUUCAAAAUCCAGACCUAAUCCCAAUUGAGAUGUUGUGGCAGGACUUGAAACGAGCAGUUCAUGCUUGAAAACCCACAAAUGUCGCUAAGUUAAAGCAGUUCUGUAUGCAAGAGUGGGCCAAAAUUCCUCCACAGCGUUGUGAGAGACUGAUCAACCACUACAGAAAGCAUUUGGUUGCAGUCAUUGCAGCUAAAGGUGGCACAACCAGUUAUUGAGUGUUAGGGGACAAUUACACACAGGGGAAUUGGGUGUUGCAUAACUUCGUUAAUUAAAUAAAUAAAAUAAGUAUAACUAUUUUUUUGUUAUUCGUAAACUCAGGUUCCCUUCAUCAAAAAUAGAGAAAAUCAGAAAGGGGGAAAAUACUUUUUCACGGCACUGUGUCUAAUGUGGAACUGAUUAUGCAUGGCUGAGUAUUAUAGGAGCGUCUCUCUUCCUUUAUGAGUCUCACACCUAAGUGAGUAAUAUACUGUACAUCAUUUUAUACAGUUCAUACAUGUAGCCUACAUUGGUGUACAUAGGUUUGGAAGACUUUGGUAUAUAAAACUACUUAUAUACUGAUAAUGACAUGAAAUUCAUAUGUUAUUUUAAUGUAACAGUUUCGUGUAGACCAAACAUUGUACGUAUAGACAAAAAAAAAUCCCAAACGAACAGUGAUCUUGAAUCUUGUGAUCCCAGUACAAUUAGCUAAUGCAGGGCACCAUUUUGCAUCCAUCUUUUUGUAUGAAGUGAGCAGUUGACUGAUAUGAGGUGAAGUGUAUGAGUGAUUGGAUUGCCGGUGUGCUGAGCCAUGUUGAGUUAGGUCAGCUUGUUCUUGUCAACUCAGGCUCUCAAGAGUCUCUGUGUCACAGCGAAUGUAGCGUUGUGGCUGAGUGACAACUUCACACUAAGGCACUAUCUCUCUGUGUAUUGCUCUUCUGAGGACUGUCUCACUAGAAUAGAAUAUCACACUGUUCUGAUGUUCUGGAUCUAUGCUUGUCCAGUGUUUUCACCUGGAGCUCAGAGGUGUCAUGCAUGUGACGGGCACUGAUGGCCACAGUCAUCUGACAUUUUCACAGGUAAAUGUAAAUAAGGUAUGUAUCAGGUCAACGUAGGUAACAUAUUGGUAUGCACCACCUUCAGAUCCAAGAAAUUCCUAAUUUUUCCCUUGUUCCCACAACUUAGUUUAAUACGGAGCCAAUAAUAUGAGUGGUUUAUUAGCAUUCUGACCUUGUACCCCAUCCAGAAGUCAAUGCAUUUAGAAUGCAGCUUUGGACUCGGUUGCGUUAUUGGUGUGAGGGAAUCUUCAAGUCAUGCAGAGGGCAUUUCCACAUCCUUUCUCCAUGCUUGUUUACAGUGCAUUCAGAAAGUAUUCAGACCCCAUUACUUUUUCCACAUUUUGUUACGUUACAGCCUUAUUCUAAAAUUGAUUAUUUUUCAAAAUAUUUUUUGGGGACAGAUAUACCUUAUUUACAUAAGUAUUCAGACCCUUUCCUAUGAGACUCGAAAUUAAGCUCAGGUGCAUCCUCUUUCCAUUGAUCAUCCUUGAGAUGUUUCCACAACUUGAUUGGAGUCCACCUGUGGUAAAUUCAAUUGAUUGGACAUGAUUUGGAAAGGCACACACCUGUCUAUAUAAUGUACCACAGUUGACAGUGCAUGUCAGAGCAAAAACCAAGCCAUGAGGUCGAAGGAAUUGUCCGUAGAGCUCAGAGACAGGAUUGUGUCAAGGAACAGAUCUGGGGAAGGGUACCAAAACAUUUCUGCAGCAUUGAAGGUUCCCAAGGACACAGUGGCCUCCAUCAUUCAUAAAUAAAAUAAGUUUGGAACCACCAAGACUCUUCCUAGAGCUGGCCGCCCGGCCAAACUGAGCAAUCGGGGUAGAAGGGCCUUGGUCAGGGAGGUGACCAAGAACCCACUGGUCACUCUGACAGAGCUCUAGAGUUCCUCUGUGUAGAUGGGGGAACCUUCCAGAAAGACAACCAUCUCUGCAGCACUCCACCAAUCAGGCCUAAUGGUAAAGUGGCCAGGCGGAAGCCACUCCUCAGUAAAAGGCACAUGACAGCACACUUGGAGUUUGCCAAAAAGCACCUAAAGACUCUCAGACCAUGAGAAACAAGAUUCUCUGGUCUGAUGAAACCAAGAUUGAAUUCUUUGUCCUGAAUGCCAAGCGUCACAUCUGGAGGAAACCUGGCACCAUCCCUACGGUGAAACAUGGUAUUGGCAGCAUCAUGCUGUGGGGAUGUUUUUCAGCAGCAGGGACUGGGAGACUAGUCAGGAUCGAGGGAAAGCUGAACCGAGCAAAGUAAAGAGAGAUCCUUGAUGAAAACCUGCUUCAGACUGGGGCGAAGGUUCACCUUCCAACAGGACAACGACCCUAAGCACACAGCCAAGACAAUGCAGAAGUGGCUUCGGGACAAGUCUCUCAAUGUCCUUGAGUGGCCAAGCCAGAGCCCGGACUUGAACCCGAUCGAACAUCUCUGGAGAGACCUGAAAAUAUCUGUGCAGAGACGCUCCCCAUCCAACUUGACAGAGCUUGAGAGGAUCUGCAGAGAAGAAUAGGAGAAACUCCCCAAAUACAGGUGUGCUAAGCAUGUAGCAUCAUACCCAAGAAGGGUCAAGGCUGUAAUCGCUGCCAAAGAUGCUUCAACAAAGUACUGAGUAAAGGGUCUGAAUGGAAAUGUGAUAUUUCCCCAAAAAAUAAAACUGUCUUUGCUUUGUCAUUAUGCGGUAUUGUGUGUAGAUGGAUGAGGGGGAAAAAACUAUUGAAUCCAUUUUAGAAUAAGGCUGUAACAUAACAAAAUGUGGAAAAAGUCAAGGGGUCUGAAUACUUUCAGAAUGCACUGUAUAUGGUGGUACCCAGAAGUCUCCCAUUACUUAGGGCAUGUGUCUUGAAAGACAAAGGCCUGCACACGCUGUAUAGGAGUUGAAGUGCCCUCAUCUGAACCCGUAAACUAACCCUGACCCUGAGCCUUUCCUUCCUUUCCCUUCCUCCCCCAGGUAUAACCACUGUGCUGACCAUGACCACCAUCAACACCCACUUGAGAGAGACUUUACCCAAAAUCCCCUAUGUCAAGGCUAUUGACAUCUACCUGAUGGGCUGCUUCGUGUUUGUCUUCCUGGCCCUGCUGGAGUACGCGUUUGUCAACUACAUCUUCUUCGGUCGGGGGCCUCACUUGCAGAAAAAGGUGGCAGAGAAAGCAGCUAAAACCAAUAACGAAAACAAGAGCCGUCUGGAGAGUAACAAAGUGCAGGUAGGGGUUGGGGGUAAUCUCGCGUGUCGUAUUCAAAGUCUCUGGCAUAUUAUUGGCGACCUCCCGAGUGGCGCAGUGGUGUAAGGCUGUGCCACUAGAGAUCCUGGUUCGAAUCCAGGCUCUGUCGUAGCCGGCCGCGACCGGGAGACUCAUGGGGCGGCACACAAUUGGCCCAGCGUCGUCCAGGGUAGGGGAGGGAAUGGCCGGCAGGGAUGUAACUCAGUUGGUAGAGCAUGGCGUUUGCAACGCCAGGGUUGUGGGUUCAAUUCCCACGGGGGGCCAGUAUGAAAAAUAAAAAUAAUAUAUAUGUAUGCACUAACUGUAAGUCGCUCUGGAUAAGAGCGUCUGCUAAAUGACUAAAAUGUAAAAUGUUAUGAGUUUAAAUGUUUUCCAAACUUCAAAUGCUCAAAGCUCAUGGUCUGUUGUGUUCUGUAAUAUAUUGUGACCUCGCUUCCUGUUGCCAUCUCCCUCCCUAGGUGGACGCCCACGGCAACAUCCUCCUGACCAAUCUAGAGAUCCGUAACGAGAUGGGUGGGAUGGGUGGCAUGGCCGGGAUGACCGGGGCCGAGAUGAUAGGGGCUCUCAAUGACCCGCGGGCCACCAUGUUCUCCUAUGACAGCGCCAGCAUACAGUACCGCAAGCCCAUGGCCAGCCGAGAUCUGUAUGGUCGACCGGCCCUCGACCGGCCCGUCGGCCACAAGAAGAGUCGUUUGAGGAGGAGGGCGUCGCAGCUCAAAGUCAAGAUCCCCGACCUGACGGACGUCAACGCCAUAGACAAGUGGUCCCGCGUCAUCUUCCCCAUCGCCUUCACCUUCUUCAACCUGGUCUACUGGAUGUACUAUGUCCACUAG